AUGGCGCCGAUCAGAAACUGGCCGUUCAGGGAGUCUGAGAAAUAUCUUGAUCUUAGCCUAGCGCCUGAAAAGGUCCGCCAAGCUGCCAAUAAUGACCGCAGCCAACCACGGAUACUUCGCCAAUGGCGAAGCUAUCUCCGCAAAGAGGGAGACCCCGAGGCGGCCCUACUGAACGGCCAGCAUGCUGAUCAGAGUGACGAUCAGGAUGUCUCCGACAGCCUGGCAUCAAGGUCCCGCAGUCGAGGCCGCAAAUUCCCUGCCUCUGUUUCUCACAUCCGUGUGAAUAAGCGUACCUAUAAAGACAAAGAUGAUCCGAGACGAGGGUCAGAGGAGACAGAGUUGAUGCACAGAGAAAGAACCGAUGCUUCAUCAGGAUCCACCGCCUAUCAAUCCAACUCCUCAUAUUCCGAAGUGAAAACGGCCUAUGAUGGCAGGCAAAUUUCCAAUGAGCCUGAAGCAAGAACUGUCAACGCCCAUCAUAAAAGAGCGUGGAUCAGAGGAGCUUUGCUAUCUACUUACCUUGCCUGCAUUGUUCUGCUUGUCAAUAUCAUCAUCACCCUUCUUGCUACCUUAAGGGCGUACGGGAAAUAUGAGAGCGUGGAAUUCAUAUCCGUACCAAUAUAUCAAGGAAAAUGUUCGGUUUCGAGAAACUGGGAUACGGGGCUACACUUCUUGAUCAACUGUUUAAGUGCGGUGACACUUGCCACCAGUAGCUAUUGCAUGCAAUGCCUAAGUUCGCCAUCCCGAGCGGAUACUGAUCGCGCACAUGAUCAAGGGACGUGGCUCGAAAUCGGAACGGCCAGUGUCAGCAACUUCCGUUUUGUUGGGUACAAACGGCUGGGCCUCUGGCUAGUAUUGCUGCUUUCUUCACUACCAAUUCACAUUAUAUAUAACUCCGUCAUAUUCGCCUCCACUGCCGUGCAUCAAUACAAAGUCUUAGUAGCCCCCAACAUAGGCGAUUACAGCCUUGUGGCUAGCGAAUGUGUUAGGUCUGCCCUAAACCUCACGAAAUUCGAUUUUCUCCAAUCCAUGACUCAUGACUCUUUUGAACGCCUUUCACCGAAGGAAUGCAUCGAUACAUUCGCUGUUGACUACCUACCAGGUAGUGGCACUCUUGUGAUCCUGACGGACGACUUGGGCCAUGAAAAUGUCACUGUCUGGGAUUCUGGCACUGGUAGCGGUCCAAGAAGGGCGAUGAAAAAAGGGAAAAAAGACUACGACUGGAUGUGUCGCGGCCAGCAGGGGUUGGAUGAAUGUAACGACGAUCAGAUUGACCCUGCAAACUGGAAGGUGACAGCUUCGCCUUUGGAAGUUAAGCGGCUGAAUAUAACAGCGCCUACUCAGAAGGGAACAGUAACCUUCAAUAAGGAUACGUAUGCGGAGGUGUCACCAUGCUACAGUAAACCGCUGACCGCACCUGAUACACUCUGCCGAGAUAUGGAAAUUCUUUAUCGUUAUAUUUCAGAGAAUCAAGAUAUUGGCGCUGUUAGCCGUUUCCUUCGCGAUCCCCAGAAUUGGGCCAACAGCUCGUGGGCUGAUGCAGUUACCGCUGAAAGUAUUUCUGAAUGCGCAUAUCCAAAUGAAAAUGAGCCGGCCAAAACGGAGACUUUUAAAGCGGCAGGUUGCCUCAGCGAGAAAAUUCCUGAAAAUUGCGAACUCAGGUUCAGUUUCCCAGUCGCCAUCGCCAUACUUGGGCUCAAUAUUGUCAAUGUCAUCUGCAUGUUCAUAACAGCCCAUGAUGCCAGGGACGAUGUGCUGCUGACUAUAGGAGACGCAAUAUCGUCAUUUCUAAGUCAGCCUGAUCCCAAUAGCCGAGGUCGAUGUCUUUCGUCCAAAUCAAACGUGUAUACCAGAGCAUUUACAACCUCUUCAGAGACGCGUUAUUCUGAGGUCAAUAUCCCAAAACGUCUGCCGAGGCCCAGAAGAUGGUUUCAUUCGGUAAAUUCGUUCCAUUGGUACAUAGUAGUUGCACUGUACUUUGCCAGCCUCGCCGCUGCUAUCUAUUUGCAUCGAAUCGAAUUCGGCUCCGGAUAUGGUGAAGGGAAACUCCCUGGGUUUUCGGCCGACUCCGCCAAAGCCGGCUCAGCCAUCUCGAUCUUUUCGCUCAAGUCCAGCCGCUCGAAAGAUAUCAUGUCAUUAAUGAUUCUUGCACACUCUCCUCAGCUUGUGAUCUCGAUUUCGUAUUUCCUUUACAACAAUAUUCUAACGUCCAUGCUCCUCGCUGCCGAAUACAACGGCUAUGCUCUACAUCGUAACUAUCUCCGGGUCACCAAGCCACAAGGAAAGCAAAUGUCCGAAUUCUAUAUUAGUCUUCCAUACAAAUACAGUCUGCCAUUGAUUGCUGUAUUUGUUGUCCUGCAUUGGUUGGCAUCACAAUCUUUGUUUUUUGCGCAGGAAAUUCCCUAUUAUUUUGACGGGCGGUUGGCCGACAAAUACAUAAUGAGUUCGUUGGGCUUCUCCCCAAUUCCUAUGAUAAUCGCCAUGACGCUUGGAAGUCUUAUGCUCGUAGCAGUAUCUGCGUUGAGCAUGAGACGUUUCGGCUCCAGGAUGCCUCUCGCCGGUAAUUGCAGUGCUGGAAUUAGCGCAGCCUGCCAUCCACCAGAGAAUGAUAGGGACGCCGCAUAUGAGCCUGUUAAGUGGGGCGAGGUAGUAACAGCUACGCUACAGGAGUUUAGAAACUUGAGUGCAAACGGCGGCGAAGAUGACGCUCGUUCCACGCUGAGCCGGGCUAGUACGGCGACGCAGAGCCGUGGCUCUAAGUCAACAUCAGUUCGCGUAUCGCAUGCGAUGACGGCAUUAUCGUUGGAAUCUGCCGGUGUUGCGCAUUGCAGUUUUACUUCUCAUGAUGUCGUGACGCCUUCAUCGCGCCGACUGUAUUCUUAA